AUGAAUUUUUGGUUUUCAGUUUUUCAGCUUGAAAGAGCCGAUAUCCUCCAGCUAGCAAAAUCUAGAAUUGAAAUCUUUAUCAAUAAGGUUUUCAGUUUUUCAGCGGAUGACAAGAUCUUCGUCAAUGGAUAUGAUGCCAAUGAGAAGACCUUAAUCUACAGCAAAUACAGCAAAGAGAUUUCUCCGGCCGAUGAACAACUAUUCUUAGCCUUCCAAAACUUCUUGCUAAAGCCAGACUUAAUCGGCGAACACGUGGCAGACAUCUGUAAGACGCUCCACAAAAGCACUGGCAGAUACAACUGUCAAUGCUUAACCAUCAAGGUGGCCUCCACUACCGAAAAUAAUAAUGGCAAAGCCAUUAUUAAAGAAGAUUCAUCCACAAGCUCCAGAUAA